GUCAAGUUCCAGGACAUGUCAUACUGGAAGUGUGAGUGGGUGUCAGAACUGCAGCUGGACGUAUUUCACCCAAUCAUGUUGCGCGUAUUCUUCAAGAAGUACGACAUGGAGGAACCUCCGCCGCCAGAGGAUGGAAGUACCUACCGCGCACACACACACCAGAGUUGGGCGACGGUCCGAAAACUAAAUAAGAAUGGUCCACAAUGA